CUUGCCUUUGACGCGAUUGUAUUUCAAAUCAACUACAGCUGAUUACUGCCUGUGUAAUACUUUGCUCUAUUUUCUACUAUUCAUCGGAAUUUUUUGAAAAUUUAAAUGUCUGAACUUCAAAAUCAGUUUUCCAAAGUUAGAAGAGGUUGCAAAAAGCGUAUUCAACUCGAUGCAGACGAAAACGUUAGCGCAGACAAAUGGAUAUUUAAUUUCAGUGAAUGGAACUGUCAGGAUAUACGCAGACCACUUGGGGAAUUAUCGAAUACUUGUACAAAAACAUUGACACAGACUCCAAAUGUACCUGAUAGUUCAAAUGAGAAAAAACCUAGAGAUCAUGAUAGUACAGAUCAGAAUAAUAUCACCCGACGUAAUGAAAGAGAAAGAAAUCGUGUUAAGCUGUUAAACAUGGGAUUCGAUCGUCUGCGAGCUGUUGUUCCAUGUCGUUCAGGUGAACAGCUCAGCAAAAUCUCUACUUUAAAGAAAGCAAUCUGGUAUAUUGAGCAUUUAGACAAAGUAUUGCACGGGCAGGAAAAUUCAUGUUCGGAUUUAGCGGAUCAAUCAACAUCAUCACCGAUGCCACGAACACCUGAAUCCAACAAAUUAACAAUAAAUGUGAAGGGUCAAGCUAAAUCAAUUACACCUAAAUCAGCUGGGUUAUUUGGAAUCAAUCACCGUGAGGCAAGAUCAGGGACCUCCUGGUCGUCUUUCGAGAAGGAUAUAUCAACUACUAAGAAUACAUCCAUUCAAGAAAGAAGAUCAGUCAACCAACCAUAUAUGUCACCCAUAUUUCCAACCUAUUGGGACCAUACUGGCAACAAUAGCAUCACUGCUGCCAGAGAAAUGUUUUCGACACCAAAACUUACUUCAACUCCAUCCAUCAUGAAACACGUCAGACACACUGAUGAAAUAACAAAUAACUUACCAUCAUCUUCGGAUUUCUCAUUCUCAGAAUGUCGCAGUGAUUCUGGCUAUAAUAGUCCUAUGUUUAGGAGCAGACUACCAUCAGAGAUGAAUUUUUUACCAGUAUCGAAAAGGUACCUGUCGCACUUUAGCACACCAACCACGACUGCAGUUGCCAAUUUAUUAAAUCCUGUCUAUGCUUCACCUGUCUCAACUAACGAUCAGAUGAUUUUAUCUGAAUUCAAUUUGUCCCAUAAUUUCCGUCGUACUCAAUGGUCGCUGAAUGAUAACUGUCAUCAGAAGCCAAGUUGA